AUUAUCAACCACUCUAGAAUUUAUCAAACCGGAUAUAUCCGGUAAAAUAAACACAUUGACUUCUGUGUGUUCGCCGUCAACCCGAAGCCCUAAAAAUGCAAACGGGCUGAACCGGUCACAUCUAUCAAGUUUUUCACCAUUCUCUGCCCUAUUUCCAUUCUUUUUCAGACUCUUCUCGAUAUUUAUUAUUCUCUUAAAAAUUCUGCGAUUCUCUGUUUUUUCUCUCAAAUCAACGCCUCUUCGCGGAUUUUCAUCUUAAGUAGAAAUGACAGGAGCUAGAAGUAAGGGUGCAGCAAAGAACCCGGCCGAAUCCUUGAAGCCUGCUGAGAAUAAAAAGGUUGGGAAACGGAAGGCAUCUGUGGAUAGAAGCAGCAUACGGAAAGCCAAGAAGGAGAGAAAGGCUAAGAAAGAUCCUAACAGACCAAAGAGGCCUCCUAGUGCUUUCUUUGUGUUCCUUGAGGAGUUUAGAGCUACUUUCAAGAGGGAACAUCCCAAUGUGAAGGCUGUAUCAGCUGUUGGAAAAGCUGCUGGGGAGAAGUGGAAAUCCAUGUCUGUGGAUGAAAAAGCUGUUUAUGAGGCCAAAGCUGCUAAACGGAAGGCUGACUAUGAAAAACAAAUGAAUCUCUACAACAAGAAGCAGGAAAGUAGUGCUAAUGGUGAGGUGAAUGAUGAAGAGGAUGAGGAAGUGAAUGAUGAAGAGGAUGAGGACGAAGACGAGGAGGAAGAAGAAGAUGAGGAUUGAAAGAGAAUAGUUGACUGGACAUGAAAUGAUUUAACAUCCCAGAAAGAUUCUAGAUUCUGUAUGUUCAUACUUUUAUGUGGAAUGUGAUACCUUUAAGGAAAUACCAUAACAUCGUGGUGCUUUAUCAUUUUCUUAACUGUUUAUCUGAGUAUAUUUACUAACAAAAAA